UGUGGUUGGUAGAUGAGAUAAAAACGCAUUCGCACGGAUCCAGUCCUUCAUGUAAAUACUCCACAAACGAUCGCGGAGGGACGUCACUCUCACUCUCACACACCGCCUACAACUUCCAUAUAUCCACCUGGAAACUAGAUACAACGAACAUUUGCGCCAAUGAAGGGUGAAGAUGAUGUAAAUACUGCGAGGAAAGAUGAGGAGGCUGAUGGCUCGGGGGAGAAACUCUUGGGUUUCAACAGCACAGAGGAGCAGCCAUCAGGCCCGGGAGGACAAGACAGCAUGUGGCGAAAUGAGAAGUAUGAAACUGUCCCAUUGGAUGUGAAGGGGAUUGAUGAAGACAAUUCUAAAGGCACUAGAGAUUCUCUAUACCCCCAGGCUGCUCUCCGGAAAGCUCAGCAGGGAAAUGAGAGACCAAAGGACCCAAAGCUGUGGCCGUACUUCCAGGAUGGCUUAAGGCGGAUAGAUUAUGUCCUCACCUACCAUGUCCAGAAGCCCCAGAGCACUCGCAAACAGUCAUCCAAGUCCUGCUUGUGCUGCAAAUUCAGACGUGAACAGAGCAGCCCACCUGCUCAUGAGGACCCCGAACUCGCAGCCCAGGAACAGAGGCUGGAUUACCAUGAUGACGACCAGCGCCUCCGCAGGGAGGAGUUUGAAGAGAACCUGCGUGAGAUGGGCCUUGAGAUGGAGAGAGAGGAAGGGAAUAAAAUACCAGGUGUGGGAUUCUUGAAGAUCCAUGCGCCUUGGGAGGUUCUUUGUCGAGAGGCAGAGUUUAUGAAGUUAAAAAUGCCUACAUUUAAGAAAUAUGAAGUCAGCCAUGGAAGCAGCAUUGUAGAGAAGGUCAACAUGUUUAUGCAGAAAGUCACUGCACCCUUGCAACCUAACGUCGGGGAAAACCGGAUGGAAAAUGUGAAACACCUCUCCUACCCGUUCUCACGAGAAAAGCAGCAUCUCUUUGAUUUAUCAGACAGAAAUUCCUUCUUCGACAGCAAAACCAGGAGCUCAAUAGUGUAUGAGAUUUUAAAGCGAACAAAAUGCACACGGGCUAAGUAUAUCAUGGGAAUCAGCAGUCUACUGGGCAGUGGUAUCUACACAGCAGCCUACCCUUUGCAUGAUGGCGAUAUUGAUGGCAUAAAUGCUGAAGCAAAUGACAGAAAGAUCUUGUAUGAAGAGUGGGCGAGUUACAGCAUAUUCUACAAGUACCAGCCCAUUGGACUGAUCAGGAAGUAUUUUGGUGAGAAAGUGGGCCUGUAUUUUGCCUGGUUGGGUGUGUAUACUCAGAUGCUAAUCCCAGCAGCAAUUGUGGGAGUUAUCGUGUUCCUGUACGGCUGUGCCACUGUGGAAGACAACAUCCCCAGUAUGGAAGUCUGCGACGAGAGAAACAAUAUCACCAUGUGCCCAAUGUGUGACCGAGCCUGCAGCUACUGGAAACUGGUCACGGCUUGCGGCACGGCUAGGGCCAGCCACCUGUUCGACAAUGCGGCCACCGUCUUCUUCGCCAUCUUUAUGGCACUAUGGGCCACCAUGUUUAUGGAGCACUGGAAGAGAAGGCAAAUGAGGCUCAAUUACAUCUGGGACCUGACCAGCUUUGAAGACGCUGAGGGGAAACAAAAGAGUCAUCCGAGAGCAGAGUAUGAGUUCCAUGUCAUGAAGAAGUCCUUAAAGAAAGAGCAAUCCCCAAAGGCAGGAAAUGUGAAGCUGACAUGUAAAGACAGAAUGCCAGCUUACAUGACUAUUAUCGUCAUGAUGGUUUUUUUGAUCUUUGUGACCUUGGCCAUCGUGUUUGGUGUGGUGCUAUACAGGGUCUCCAUUAUGACUGCCCUGCACAUGAGUUCCACUCCCACGUUCCGCACUAAUAUACGGGCCACCGUUAAAACCACUGCUGCUAUCAUCAACCUCAUUAUCAUCAUCAUAAUGGAUGAGGUCUAUGGAGCAAUUGCACGUUGGCUCACUAUUAUGGAGGUGCCAAAAACUGACAAGAGUUUUGAGGAGAGGCUGAUCUUCAAGACGUUCAUAUUGAAGUUUGCAAAUGCAUUUACCCCUAUUGUGUACCUGGCAUUCUUCAGAGGCAGAAUCAUUGGACGUCCUGGCAAAUAUAUCUACGUUAUGGGGUCUUACCGGAUGGAAGAGUGCGCCCAUGCCGGCUGUCUGAUGGAAUUGUGCAUUCAGCUCUGCAUCACCAUGCUUGGCAAACAGCUCAUCCAGAAUAACCUGUUUGAGAUAGGCGUUCCGUGAGUACAUACAGCAUAGCGAACACCUUCGUAGAUGUAGGAUAGAUCUGAUA